AUGGAUUUGGCGAUGGAAGUCCAGAAACACCCCAGCAUUGAAGAGGUCCCAACAUUUACCAUCCAGAGCGCAAACAGCUGGAUGACACCCAUAAUGUCUUUCCUCCAGGACGGACACCUCCCUCAGAACACAGAAGAAGCUAAAAGGAUCAAGAAGAGGGCGGCCAGGUUCACGAUCCUUAAUGACGCCUUAUACAAGAGAGGCUUCUCCAUGUCUUACUUGAAGUAUGUCGACGAAGAAGAAGCUAAAUACUUAUUGGAAGAAAUCCAUGGAGGAGUUUGCGGCGACCACGCUGGCCCCAGAUCCCUAGUGGACGCUGUUGAAAUCGUCAAGUGGUGUGACAAGUGCCAGCGAUACGGGAAUGUACAACGGCUUCCAACAGAGAGACUGACGAUGAUAGCCUCCCCGUGGCCAUUUGUACAAUGGGGGAUUGACAUCGUCGGCCCACUAUCCCAAGGUAAAGGUCAGGUUUGGGAUUCCCUUGACGAUUAUAUCAGAUAA